CGCCGCUGUCCGGCCGUUAGCCAGAAAGCUCCCAGCCUGCCCCGCACCAGCAUGGCGGCGGUCUUUGCUGGGCUCACUUCAAUUUUCGCUUUUUGAUGGUAGCCGGGCCGGUACUCAUUUCUCUUCCGCAAGCUCGGAAUUCGUGGCGGGAACCGUGUCGAGGGAAGGUGCUGCUGCGAAGUUGAGCGGAGCCCGUGAGGAUCCGGGCGGGCUGCUGGCGGCAGAAGAUGGCUGAGAGCGAGCCGCAGCCGCCCCCAGCGCGUGAUUCGAUGAAGCUCCUGCUCCGGUGGGACAGUUGCCAGCCAUGAGGGCGAAAGGGAUUCAGGCGCUGCCUUUUUUAUUGGACCUUGCUGGGAUAGGCCUGGAGUCUUCAGAGGAGACCCCUCCAGCCACCCAGAACUUCAUCAUUCCAAAGAAGGAGAUCCACACGGUUCCGGACAUGGGCAAAUGGAAGCGUUCGCAGGCGUACGCUGACUACAUGGGAUUCGUCCUCACCCUCAAUGAAGGCGUGAAGGGGAAGAAGCUGAGCGUGGAGUACACAGUCUCUGAGGCCAUUGAGAAACUGGUUGCUCUUCUCAACACCCUGGACCGGUGGAUUGAUGAGAUCCCCCCGGUGGACCAGCCCUCACGCUUCGGGAACAAGGCCUUCAGGACCUGGUACGCCAGGCUGAAUGAGGAAGCAGAAAACUUGGUGGCCACGGUAGUCCCCACCCAUCUGGCAGCAGCUGUGCCCGAAGUGGCUGUUUACCUGAGGGAGUCUGUGGGCAACUCCACGCGCAUUGACUACGGCACAGGGCAUGAGGCAGCCUUCGCUGCUUUCCUCUGCUGCCUCUGCAAGAUCGGAGUACUGCGGGUGGAUGACCAAAUAGCCAUUGUCUUCAAGGUGUUCAACCGGUACCUGGAGGUCAUGCGGAAGCUCCAGAAGACCUACCGGAUGGAGCCUGCUGGCAGCCAGGGUGUGUGGGGCCUGGACGACUUCCAGUUCCUGCCAUUCAUCUGGGGCAGUUCACAGCUGAUAGACCACCCAUACCUGGAGCCCAGGCACUUUGUGGAUGAGAAGGCUGUGGGUGAGAACCACAAGGACUUCAUGUUCCUGGAGUGCAUCUUAUUCAUCACGGAGAUGAAGACCGGACCAUUCGCAGAGCACUCCAAUCAGCUAUGGAACAUCAGCGCAGUCCCCUCCUGGGCCAAGGUGAACCAGGGCCUCAUCCGCAUGUACAAGGCCGAGUGCCUGGAGAAGUUCCCUGUGAUCCAGCACUUCAAGUUCGGGAGCCUGCUGCCCAUCCACCCUGUCACCUCCAGCUAGGAGGCCCGAGGUGCAGAGCCACCCAGGCUGGGUCCCUGUGCCCUGCUCCGCCCCCGCCCAGGUUCUUUUGUUUGAUGAGAGGCUGUUUGCCAGGGUGGGGUGCUAAGGGGGCUUGAGGAAGGUACGGCGCUUAGGACUGAAGGACUCAGGUUGGGAGAAGCGACCAAAGUGUGGCCAGUGUGCUGAUCUCUGUGGUGGCCGCGUGAGAAGGGAGGGACUGGGACCCCAUUCUUGUUCCCGGUCGCCCUCUCCUCCCCUCUCCUGCAGCCCAGCUUGGGGACCUGGGGUCUGGGGAGUAGCACCUUGCUGUUCUCAUCACUUUCUCCCCGCUUUCCCUGGGCAUUUCAAGGCUUGGAGUUCUGUCCUUUGCAGCCCUGGGGUGGGGUCUGGGUGUCUGCUGGGAACUGCCCAACAGUUCGAGCUGCAACUUGAGGCUGCCCCUGGCCCAAAGCUCAGCUUGGCCUGUGUGUUUUCUGGCCCUUGGCUUAGCCAUAGCCACAUUUCUCCCUCCCCAGAGGUCACCCAGCUGUGGCAGAUACCCUUACGGUAGGUGCUGGGCUUCUGGGAGGGCUCAGUGGAUUGCGUGAAGCUUCCAGAACUUUCCAGCAGGGAGAGGCAGCAGAGACUCAGGGAGGUGCUUGGGGCUGAUUCUUCCAAGCCUGGCUGCUUCUGCCACCCCUUUACUGCUGUGACCUUCCCGGGGUGCUCAGCCCACUCUGCUCCCCAGUGGGUGGGUGCCAGCGUGGCCAGUGCUUCCUUGUCCUUCCACCUCUGUGGCAGGAUGGGGUGAGGGGUGGCUCUGUAUGGUGGGCCCAGCUGAGAGACACAGCGUGGAGUGCUGGCCGGUGUCUACCCAUGUCCUCCCGCUCUGUUCCCUGCCUGGUCUGGGUCUACAGAGCCUAUGGAGUGGGCAUGCUAAGAACCACGGCCCAGGGGUGAAACCCUGGGUGGGUCACGGUCUGGGCAGAGAUUGGGACAGGACCAUGAGUCCCAGGCGUGGAUUCCCCAGAGGCUGAUGAAGCCUCCUCCUGGGGCCACACCCUCGCCCUCCUGACUCCUGGUCCUCCCGGGCCUUGCUCCCCUCCCUCCUUUGUUGCUGUUUGGAUUAAAGCCUCUGUUUUGCACCUGU